UUUAGAGCGUGAGCUCUACGUGGUGGUGGGGUAGUCGCAGAGUUGAUGACGUCAAACACUGCCGAGGUUUGCCGGCACCAGCGUGCUGCGGUACCCUAGAGUAGAGAUGGCGUCUCGUAGCCGGAGACCCGAGCACAGCGGACCGCCAGAGCUGUUUUAUGACCAAAAUGAAGCCCGGAAAUACGUUCGCAAUUCACGGAUGAUUGACAUCCAGACCAAGAUGACUGAGAGGGCACUGGAGCUCCUCUGUCUGCCAGAGGGUCAGCCUUCUUAUCUGUUGGACAUUGGCUGCGGUACUGGACUGAGUGGAGACUAUAUCUCAGAGGAGGGGCACUAUUGGGUGGGCAUUGACAUCAGCUCUGCCAUGUUGGAUGCUGCCUUAGACCGAGACACAGAGGGAGACCUGCUGCUAGGGGACAUGGGCCAAGGAGUCCCUUUCCGACCAGGUUCUUUUGAUGGCUGCAUCAGCAUCUCAGCUGUUCAGUGGCUCUGCAAUGCAAACAAGAAGUCAGACGUCCCUGCCAGGCGACUGUACCACUUCUUCUCUUCUCUGUACUCUGCCCUCGUCCGUGGGGCCCGAGCUGUCCUGCAGCUGUACCCUGAGAACUCGGAGCAGCUGGAGCUGAUCACAACCCAGGCCACGAGGGCAGGCUUCACCGGCGGCGUGGUGGUGGACUUCCCCAACAGUGCCAAAGCAAAGAAGUUCUACCUCUGUCUGUUUUCUGGGCCUUCCACCUCCCUGCCAAAGGGGCUGACUGAAAGUCAGGAUGCAGACCAGGCCACCGAGUCUGCCUUCACCAGUGAAAGGGCUCCACACAAGAAGGCACGGCGGGACCUGGUGAAGAAGAGCCGCGAGUGGGUCCUAGAGAAGAAGGAGCGGCGCAGGCGCCAGGGCAAGGAGGUCAGACCUGACACCCAGUACACAGGCCGCAAGCGCAAGCCCCGUUUCUGAGGGCGCUUAAUCUAAUCAAGGGGAGUCUGGCCACCCACACCUGCAUCCAGUCCUACAGAUGGCGCUGGCCACCCACACCUGCAUCCAGUCCUGCAGAUGGCGCUGGCCACCCACACCUGCAUCCAGUCCUGCAGAUGGCGCUGGCCACCCACACCUGCAUCCAGUCCUGCAGAUGGCGCUGGCCACCCACACCUGCAUCCAGUCCUGCAGAUGGCGCUGGCCACCCACACCUGCAUCCAGUCCUGCAGAUGGCGCUGGCCACCCACACCUGCAUCCAGUCCUACAGGUGACCCAGGCCACCCACUCUGCUCAGAGGUUGGGAGCUGUCCAAUCCAGGACCUGCCUCUGAGGAAUUUUCUAGAUUGAACUGUUUACCUCAGCAGCUAGCAACAUAGUAUUUUAGAAAAGUUGCGAAUUUCUCAAAAUAUUUUUUCACUAAAAGUGUUCCAGGGAUUUGGGUUUGGCAGCCCAGAUCAUGUAAUUCCAACACCCUUCUUGGAGGCUGAGGCAUCAAGAUGGAAAGUUCCAGGCCAGUCUGGGCUACACAGCAAAAACCUGUUUUAAAAAAACAAAGUGAAAAAAAAUUUUCUAAGAAUGUUUUAUUUUGUCCUAAAUACAUUAAUUUAGUUUCUAAGUAA